AUGGAUAAAAUACUCGUUUGGAAUGUUCGAGGGAUUAACAGCCAGCACAAGCAUAGGGAAAUCAGGCAGCUGAUUUACUCGAAAAAGGUUGGUCUGAACACAGGGAAAUUUCACAUUACUUUUGUCUAUGGGUUUAAUGAAGAAGUGGGAAGAGAAGCUCUUUGGCAAGACUUAAAAGGGCUCAAGACUGGUAUUGAAGAACCGUGGAUGAUUGUAGGAGAUUUUAAUGAGAUUCUGAACUAUGAUGAAAGAGCUGGAAGAAGGAAUCAUAAAAAACCAUCUGAUAGUUUUAAGGAUUGUGUGGUUCAUUGUCAAAUGGAGGACCUUAAAUUUUCAGGGUGUUUCUUCACUUGGAAUAAUAAGCAGCAGCCUGAAGAGAGAAUUUUCUCUAAGAUUGAUCGUGCCUUGGUGAACUCGAAAUGGACAGAUUCUUUCUUGAAUUCAGAUGUUGUCUUCCUUCCGGAAGGGGACUUUGAUCACUAUCCUAUCUUGAUCUCGUUCUAUAAAGAUUUUAGUUCUGGAAGGAAGCCUUUUCGAUAUUUCAGCAUGUGGAAAUCAGCUCAGAAUUAUGUUGAAGUGGUUCGGCAAAGUUGGCAGACCCCCAUUGCAAGUACACUCAUGUAUCAGUUGGUGGGAAGAUUGAAGAGACUUAAGAACGUGUUUAGAGCUAUUAACAUGGAGGGAUUUAAUGAUAUACACACGGCUGAAAUGUAA